AUGAUGAUCACUGUUGUAGGGAAGAAGCGCCGCUUGCCGCCAGAGGAGGGCAGCCCGGCGCUCGAGGUUGAUGAGGACGUGGAUGCGGCGGUCGGCCGGGAUGCUCAAGUCUACGUUGAUAAUGCGAACAAUGUGUACCAUGUUAUGUGCACCAAGACAGACACCUCGACUAACGUCAAUAAGUUCUAUAAGAUUCAGGUCCUCGUGCAUGGGUCGUCUCGCAAUCGCUACGCUGUUCUACGGAAGUGGGGACGAGUAGGUGGUAGCGACAGCAAGGCCAAUGACGCUAUGACGGUUCGAUGUGGUUCGGGCAAGGCGGCUCGGCAGGAGGCCAUCGACACAUUCCUGACGAAGUUCACUGAGCUCACUGGUACCGACUGGCGAGAGCGCGACAGCUUUGAGCAGCGACCUGGGAGAUACAACAUGGUAGAGAUCAUGGGGACUACCUCGGACUCGAGCAAGCGUAGAACCACCCAAGCCGUCGCUGAGGAACAUGACAAGGCUGGUGUACUAUGCACACUGGUUCCGGCUGUGAGGUCGUUCGUGUCGUUGAUAUUCGACGAGAAGGUCAUCGAGGAGCACAUGUCCAAGGUGCUGCAUAUCGACAUGAGGAAGAUGCCCCUCGGAGCCCUCAGUGCUGCACAGCUCAGACGCGGUCUCGAGGUCCUCUCUGAGCUGUCGAGUUUGCUACGCUUGGACGAGGCGACCAAGCGCGCCACUCACGGCUUUGACCUCAGGAUCCGAGACGCGACGAAUCGGUUUUACUCCUUGGUGCCGCACACGAUAUCCAAGAGUACGGCUGCAGCGGCCAAGGCGAAGUUGAACACUUUGAAGAAAGUCGAAAAAGCGGUGGACGAUGUGACGGACCUUCUAUCCAUCGUGGACUUCACUGAUGCACGCGAUAGAGCAGCGACUGGGCAUGGCCACGUGCUGGAUCGCCAGUUCGACGCCCUUGGUGUUACGCUCGAUGUGGUCCCAACCGAGAGUCCCACCUUCGAUGUCAUUAAAGAGUGUAUGGUAACGACUCAUGCUCCCACUCACGAUGGUUACAGCCUGGAGAUCGUAUCGCUGCUAGAAGUCAGACGAGAGGAGGAGUGGGCCCGAUUCGACAGUUACCCGGUCUGUUCGCACAACCGUAGGCUCCUUUGGCACGGGAGUCGUCUUACCAACUGGGUGUCGAUCCUCAGCAAGGGCCUCAAGAUAGCGCCCAAGGAGGCACCCGUUACUGGCUAUAUGUUCGGCAAGGGCCUUUACUUUGCAGAUUGUUCUUCGAAAUCAGCCAACUACUGUUUCGCCAACAAGGAGUCCCCGUAUGGUGUACUUGUGCUCUGCGAAGUGGCGUUGGGCGAUCAGUACAAACGAGUGGCAGCAGAAUAUGAGGCUAAGAAGUCUUGCCGGAAGGCUAAGGCACACAGCACGUGGGGAAUGGGGAAGUCGGCUCCGGAUGCCGCUCGAGAGACCAAGCUACCGUCAUCGUCUGAGGUGAGCGUCCCCAUGGGCCCCCUUAUUGACGCCACUGAACUAGUGAAUGUGGAAGCCGACAUAGAAGGAGAAGCUGCAUCUCUUCUCUACAACGAAUUCAUCGUCUACAAUACAGCACAGGUACGAAUGAGAUACAUUUUGCACGUUAAAUUCAAUUUUAAUGAGACUACAGGUGGAUACUGGUAG